UUCAGCUCUCAGCAACUGAUGCACAGACAGCUGCUGUUUCUCCUUUCCCCUCCUCUCGCUCCCCUUACUUUUCAUUUCUCCCCUACACUGCCUCCAUUCUUCCCCUCUGUACUUUCCCCUUCCUUCCAUCUACUUUGUCAUUCUGAUACGUAUUUUUCCUCAGGCGGAUAAAAAGGCAGGUCCUGUUGGAGGGAGAGGGCUUGUGUAAUCUCUGACUGCACAUGAGCACCAGAGAGUUAUUACUUCAGCUGGAAAAGCAACAUAUCAGAGGACGGCACUAACGCCUAAAGGACAAACUUUGGAAUUGGGAGAGGAAGAAGGAAUACCUCUGUGGCAGACAGAGAGAGAUAAAGAGAGGAGACAGUUUGGAGUAGGGGUGCAGGACAGAGACCAUGCCGGGCUCUGUGCUGCUGCUGCUGCUGCUGUCCCUGUUGGUCCUGUCCACAGGAAGUGAUGCCAGAAGAAUCAGGAAAAGAGGACUCAAUCAUAAGGACUACGAGUACCCAAACCACCCUCAGUCAACACAGCACCAGAAGAACGACCGGUGUCCUCCACCACCCCAGAUGCUUCCGGAGAGAGCCUGUGAGGUGCCGGGCUGUCGCUCAGAUUCUGAGUGUGAGCGACACAAACGGUGCUGCUACAAUGGCUGCAUCUACGCCUGCCUGGAGUCCGUCCAGCCGCCUCCAGUGUUGGACUGGUUGGUGCAGCCCAAGCCUCGGUGGUUGGGGGGUAACGGCUGGCUGCUGGACGGUCCUGAGGAGGUCCUGCAGGCUGAGGCCUGCAGUACAACAGAGGACGGAGAUGAGCCUCUUCACUGUCCGACAGGCUACGAGUGCCACAUCAUCAACCAAGGAAACCCUGCUGCGGGCAUCCCCAACAGAGGACAGUGCAUCAAGCAACGCGGCAACUCUGAUGGACGCGGUCUGAGACACAAAUACUACAAGGACUACAAGGACUACUUGGGUAAGUGAGGUACCAGCUCUAACAAUGCAGUAGGCUAUGAAAAAAAUCAUCACAAGCACCUGCAGGGAUAAAGUACGUUUGAAUCCACAUCAAACCAUCAUUAAGUCUCCCUUUAGACACAGCCUUAUGUAUUUAUAAUGUAUGCCUCCAGAUCAACCCUGACCUCAGCCUCAGCAAUGACCAUAACACAACCUCAGACAUCAGCGCACUCCUCUUCGUCUGCUCUCGUCACACCUGAACCAGGAUCACAUCAAACCUUUUUUAUUAGCCAGAGCUACAGCGGCUACCUCUCUGUCACGCAGCCGGUGCUAUGUCACUCAAUCCUCUGGGAGACAACCUGAUGUACGCACAGAAAACAACCAAAGAAAUAAGUGCUUCAGAAGUGAGCAGGAUUCGCACCAAAGCUGUUUUCCAGUUCCUUUCCUUCGUUUUUUUAAAAGGACGCCAUGCCUUUUUAUAUAUAUUUUGUUGCGACUUUACAAUCCUCUCCCUCACUUCAGCUUGUUCUCAUCCUCACUCAUGAACACAUUCUGUACUGUUAAGGCCAGUCAGCAGAGAAAAUCAGGACCACCUGGCCCUUGUCUUGAUCCAUCUCUCUUGUUCUCAGAGACAGUGCUCAUAUAUCCUGACCUGGAAUCUGGAAAACUUCAGACAAAAAUAAGUCAAAUUCCAGCUGAAUUAUUGUGCAUAUUUAAAUGAGAUCCAAAUGUGGUUUUACAUCCUAACUAAUUACACUGACUGAAAGAAUCAAAUACCUAUUGGUGUUUGGAUUGGAUCUUAAAGGGUUCUAACAGCAAAGAGAUGCUACUAAAACAAGAUAAAGUAGUUUACUCAAGACACAGAUGUAGUGAUCCUUAGCUCACCUGCAAACAAGGAAAUUACAACAAAUGUAAAGAUAAAAACAACAGGGUAAGCUACCAGAGCUCAAGUGUUUGGUGCUGAGGAGCCUUAUUUGGGUGACUUGUCCUCUUAAAGGGACAGUUCAGUGUAAACAAAGUGGGGUUGUGUGAGGUAUGGACCUUUUUUCAAACAAAGGAGCGGACCAAUUACAAGUACCUCAUACAACCCCACUUCAACAACACUGAACUAUCCCUUUCAAUGUUGUCCGCAAUAUUUUUUCCCAAAAGUGAUGGAAACCAACAUCUACCUGUGCACUUUGAUUAUUCAGACGACCUUGAACAAUCACUUCUCAUGAUGUUUUCACAAACAUGAAAAAGGGUUUUGCACAGAGCAGAUAUUUUAAAUCGGUCAAAGGUCUUCUGGUGUAUCUCAACCAUACUAUGCUUUAGUGGACGGUUCAACUCGAGCUGUCUCUUCUCAAAUGGUGCUACGUUUCAUUGCUGCAGACAACAACAGAACAAUAAGCUGGUCUCAUAAUAAGCUGAAGGUGUGACAUUAAAGCUGUAACCAUUCUCUGUCUGCAGAGCUAAAGUGAUGUCUGAAUGUUGCCUUCUGACUGGUGCUCCAAUGUUCUCAUUAAAAUACAUUGUUGAAGUCUG